ACCUGACUCGAGGGAGGUUGAAACUUUGUCCACGCCCUCUGAUUCCAAAGAUGAUAAUGAGACCGAGACAGAAUUUACAGUGCAUACUGAGGGGGGGGCCGAUAUCAUUGAGGAACCGAAAUUGGGGAUGGUGUUUAACUCUAAAGAAGAGUUAAUUUCUUACUAUAAAAGUUAUGGGAAACAAUGCGGUUUUGGGAUAUCGACACAAAGGAGUCAUAGGUUUGAGGAUGGGAGGCUCAGAUAUAUCACAUUGGGUUGUGCUCGUGGUGGGAAGGCACGGAAUCGGACCACAAAUGUCGCUCGACCACGUCCGACAUCAAAGAUAGGCUGUAAUGCAAGGAUAAACGCUACGUUUUUUGAAGGGGUGUUGAAGUUGUUGACUGUGCACAAUACCCACAAUCACGGACUAAGUCCACAAAAAUCAAGGUUCUUCCGCUGCAAUAGAGAAGUGAGUUUGUCUGUUAAGAGAAUGCUAGAUACAAAUGAUCAAGCUGGUAUCAGAAUGAAUAAGAGCUUCGCCGCUCUUGUGCAAGAAGCAGGUGGGUUUGAGAACUUGCCAUUCAAUGAAAAAGACUGUCGUAACUACAUUGACAAGGCACGCCACCUUCGACUUGGGAAAGGUGGUGCUGGAGCCCUCCAUGAAUAUUUUGCUAGGAUGCAAUACAAGAAUAAUGGAUUCUUUUCAUUACUGGAUAUGGAUGAUAAUGGGAGGUUGAAAAAUAUCUUCUGGGCAGAUGCACGGAGUAGGGCAUCAUACAAAUAUUUUGGUGAAGUUGUCACGUUUGACACUACCUAUUUGACAAAUAGGUAUGGGAUGCCGUUUGCACCAUUUGUUGGUGUAAACCACCAUGGACAGUCAAUCCUUUUGGGGGCAGGAUUGAUUUCUAAUGAGGAUACAGAAACGUUCACAUGGUUGUUUCAGAGUUGGUUGAACUGUAUGGAUGGUGAAGCUCCAAAGGCUAUUAUCACAGAUCAAGAUAGAGCCAUGAAAAAUGCAAUUGCGCUUGUCUUUCCGAAUACCCGACACCGAUUUUGCUUAUGGCACAUACUGAAGAAAGUACCUGAAAAACUCGGUUCACAUGGUGCAUACAAAGAUGGGUUGAAAAGCCAGUUGCUUAAGUGUGUGUAUGACUCUCAAACAAUAGAGGAGUUUGAGAAAUGUUGGGAAGUGAUGAUUACAACAUACAACUUGCAGGAGAAUGCUUGGUUGGGGAGUUUAUAUGCUGAGCGUACCUAUUGGGCACCGGUAUUCUUGAAAGAAGUUUUUUGGGCUGGAAUGAGUACAACCCAACGAAGUGAGAGCAUGAAUGCAUUUUUUGACGGGUAUGUUCAUGCAAGAACAAACUUAAAAGAAUUUGUUGAUCAAUUCGAUAAUGCGUUGAGGAAGAAGAUUGAAAAUGAAAAUGCGGCGGAUUUUCACUCAUUCAAUGUCACAAUUCCUGCAGUCUCUAUUUCUCCACUUGAGAAGAUAUUUCAAGCCACAUACACCAAUUCUAAAUUUAGAGAAGUUCAAAAAGAAGUAAUAGGAAUGGUUGGUGUUCUUCCAACUCUACACCGGAAGGAUGGUGUAAUUGCAACGUACCAUGUAGAAGAUGAAGUUUGUGUUGAUGAUUUCAUCAAGGAGGUGACCCAAACGGUGUAUUUUAAUGAGGCUGAAGUUGAUGUGAAGUGUUCAUGUGCACUGUUCGAAAUGAGAGGGAUAUUGUGUAGACAUGCAUUAGCCAUUAUGAGAGUUAACAAAGUGAAAAAGGUGCCAGAAAAGUAUAUAUUAGAUCGAUGGAGGAAGGACAUUAAAAGAACAUACACUUUUAUACGAAGUACUUAUGACUCAGUUGAUGCAAGGCCAGAAGUGAGCAGGUAUUCACGCAUAUUGAAGGUCUGCUAUGACGUUGCCACAAAUGCAGCGUCAUGUGAUGAGCAUGCUAAUGAUAUGAUAGAUAAGUUACAUGCCAUGAACAUCGUCUAUCGCACGAAGAAGUCGCCCCAACGACCCUUGGAACAUGUUGCAGAUACAAUUGUCGAUGCACCUACAGCUGAGAAUUCAAAGAAAGUCCUGAGUCCACUUGUAGUUAGAGGUAAAGGGAGACCGCCAUGCCUCAGGAAAAAAUCAAUGAUUGAGAGAGUCAAGCCCACAACCAAGAAGGCUACUCAAAAGGGAAAACGUAAACAGCCACAUGGAAGAGAUAUCGACAGGGUUGACACGUGCAGAAAUUUAUUUGGGCAAACAAAUGUCGGGACACAAGAGAGUGUUGUCUUUGAGCCUCUUCAAAACACUACCGAAGUGUUGGACUUUGGUGAAACCCAACUUGGGGAUGGCACAUAUGAAGCUCUAGAUGGGACUGAAGAUCAUGGACAUGUGCAAGGAUGAAGAUGUUGAAAUACUUUCAUCUCUUUCUAAUUUUGUGCACGGACUUGUUUAUGUUAUGACUCGGUUGGUAUAAUGAUGGGAGGUUGAGAUUUUGAGUUGUAAGUGUUAAGUCAUACUUGUGAAGUAGGGAGUAUGCUAUUGGUAUAUGCAAUAGAAUCUUAUAUAUAAUGAAAUUAUAUUUUGUUGCUUGAA